GAGGAAGAUUACGAUGCAGUGUAUCGGGAUUCGUCUUUAUCAUUUGGUCCGACAAUAUGUUCCUUUGGACUAAAAUACAACGAUCACAAUUACGCCGUCCCGUCCGGUUUGACUCCUCCAUCCAUGGCACCUCAUUUGAUGGAUAUCAAACGUCCUCGUGAACGUUGUUCUCCCGAUCAUCGGUCUGAUGAAGCUUCCGGUCGUACAGAUGGAGAAACAAACGUUUCAUAUCCUGCUUGUAGCUCAACGAGCGCAGCGAUGCAAUCCGCCAGUGAUGGGAAUGCUUCUGAUUCACUUACUCCAUCGAAAGAUAGUGUGGCCGGCCCUUGGGCUCGAAAGGAUACUAGUCUUGCAGAUUCUUCAUUGCCAAGCGAUUUAGACUCCUCGGGCGCGCGAGGUGGCAAACUUGCCUUCCAUGAUUUAACGGAGAUGAGAUACGAGGCAGAGCUAAAGGUAAGUCUCAACUUGCCGAAUGCAAUUAUCAGUGUUACGUUUGAAUUUGUAAUCUAG